CUCUACAUUAUCGAAAGAAUAUCAAAAGCAACUUAGUCGUGAGUGCCAAAAACGGUUUAGAAAUAAAAAUAGAGAAACUAGAUAUUUAUUUACUGAUACUUCUGAAAAACUUCAAUAUUUACUUAAUACCGAAGUUCCUAUAGUUGUAGUUGAAACUGGUAAAACUCCUAUUAUAGAUACUGAUUCUGGUUCUGAUUCUGAUGACCUUUCACCUUUAUCUAAUAUUGAAGUUCCUACAAUUACUAAUCUUGAGUUUACUAAUACCCAAAGUAAUCCAAGUUCUCACCGUGAUAUAAAACCAAACGUCAUGAUAUGGAUGAUUGAAAAAGAUCAAAAUAGUGGGCGUGCUGCUUCGAAAUUUUCUCUUUGUUGUGCUAAUAGCAAAGUGCAAUUACCACCUUUACUUAAAUCUCUACUCUAUUUACUAAAUCUUUAUACUUCAACUAAUUCUGAUGCAGUUGAGUUUCGUAAACAUGCUAGAAGUUAUAACAAUGCCUUAGCUUUUUAUCAUUUAAUUGGAUCAUUAUUACCAAAUGAAGGUCACACACCAGCAUUUGCUCAAAUAUAUAUUUAUGAUACUGCAAAUGAAAUUACAAAUCAUCAUAAUAUAAUGCAGGAAUUAAAUGAAAAUAUUUUACAGAGUUUACAGAAUAUGUUAGAUAUUUGCAAUCCAUAUAUUCAAAAUUUUUGUCAAGUAAGAGAUAUUAUAUGUGAUGAUGCAACUACUGAAAUUUUAAUGAUAAUUUGUGGUGAUAGAAAUCAAGAUAUUUGUCGUUAUAAUGCUCCAUCAGCUCCUGAUGUAGCUGCAAUAAUGGUAGAUAAUGGUCAUGAGGAAAAUAUGGAAAACCCAAUAGCACAUAUAUAUACCUAUGUUGAUUUUCCUUCUUAUUAUACUUGGAAUUCUUCACGCUGCAAAUGGACACCUAGAAAAACAUUAGCAACUAUGAUUGGUGCAACUAGCUUUGAUGAUCUGAAAACUAUAAAUGUAAUAGCUUUAAAGAAGCUUGCUCUUAUCUUGGUCUUCUUCAGGAUAAUACAGAAUGAGAUGCCUAAUAAUCAUAAAAUAGCAUUGUGUGAAGAUAUUUUAUAUCGAGCUAAUGUGCAAUUACAAGAUCUUGAUGAUACAAGUGAUAUUCCUGCUACAAUUGAACAUGAAGCUCUUACUUAA